GUUUCUAUUGUGAUCCUAAUACAGGACGAUUGACUGUGACUGAUCUAUUCAUAAGACUAAGGAGAAGUGCAUUUGAUUAGUUUCUUUAAGAUAACCCCUAGAUAGACGUUUGAAAGGUAUACUACGGAAUUAGCCAUACGGCACAGUAAUUCGAUGUAAUGGGAGAGCACAAAUGGACAUUCAUAACUAUUGUAAUUAGCAACAUCUAAUUACACCAAAGUCAAGCGGAUCGAGUACAACAUUCUAUUAUUUUGACAGUUUCUAGUUACUGAGGCAGUUAUCCUAGGUGAUUUUUAUUCUGAAUGGAAUGUGAACCAGGGUCAGGGUGUAAGUUCGACUGAUAUUAUAAUUACCGAAUAUUUAUCUGUCAGCACUGUGGGUUACUUCUAAGCACUUCAUAUUUUAGGUCUCGUCAUAAAGUCAUUUCGGAUGUCAUAAUUUUUCUGUUGACGACAUAGAUUCCGUCAUGUACCUCAAAAUGAUAAACCUAGCAUAUUAGAAUAAUACAUCAAUUUCGCUAGUCAGUUUUGGAAAUUUUGAUUUGUUUCUUCGUAGUGUUUGUGCAACCAAGUUUAUACCUUUUAUCCAAUAAUCGUCUUAUAGUAGAUCUAAUUAAUUAUGGUAACAAUAAUAUUAAUGGUAGUAGAAGACAAACAGAAGAAUAUUUAGAUUAUAUUCGAUGUAUGAUUGGAUGGAGAAAUAUCAUUUAUACAUGUUUGACAUCAAAUCAAACAUUAGAUGAAAGUCAUUUAUUAGAUUUAGCUAAAUUUCUACAAAAUAUGGCUAUUUCUACUCAAAGAUUAUUAGAAGCUAAUGUAGACCUGUGUGUAUUUUGUCGUAACAACAAUGAACCUAAAGAGAUAUAUACUAGUCAUAAAGUUAAAGAUCGUUUUGGUCGAGUAACUUGUCCAAUUCUACGUAAAUUCACUUGUCCAUUAUGCGGUGCUACUAAAGAUCGUGCUCAUACAAUAAGAUAUUGUCCAAAAUUAUUAAUAACAAAUCAUAAUCGAAAUGGUAACUGUAGUGGUGGACCAACUUGUCCUAUGAUUGAAGCUGGUUUGUUGGAACCGAUACAAUUCUCUACGCCGAAUUAG